AUGAGAGUGAAGAAGCCAACAUCUAAAAGAGUCUCGACUCGUAUGAGAGAAGGGAUCAAGAAGAAGGCUGCUGCUCAACAGAGAAAAAACAGAAAGCAUGCUAAGAAGGACGUCACCUGGAAAUCUAGAAACAAGAAGGAUCCAGGAAUUCCAGCCUCUUUCCCUUACAAGGACAAGAUUAUCAGCGAAUUGGAAGACAACAGAAGAAUAGAAAAGGAAAAGAGAGAAGCCUUGAAGUUGCAGAGACAGAUGGAAAGAGAGGCUGCCCUUGCCAGAGGAGAAAUUGUAGAUGAUGACGAGAUGGACCAAGACGAAGACGAAGGGGAAGAAGGAGGGUUGGCUGCACUUUUGGAGUCUGCUCAAAGCGCUGCUAAGGCUUAUGAUGGAGAAGAUGAUGUUGAAGACGAUAAUGGUAUGGAUGAAGACGAUGAUGAAGAAUACGAAAUUGAAAUCGAACAAGACGAAGAUGACGAAGACAACUCUGAGGUGGAAAAAUCUCGUAAGGCCUUUGACAAGAUCUUCAAAACUGUCGUAGAAGCCUCAGAUGUCAUCUUAUAUGUCUUGGAUGCCAGAGAUCCAGAAGCUACUCGUUCCAAGAAGGUUGAACAAGCCGUCUUACAGAACCCAGGUAAGAGAUUGAUUCUUGUAUUGAACAAGGUUGAUUUAAUUCCAACGGAAGCUUUGAACCAGUGGUUGAACUUCCUUAAGUCUUCUUUUCCAACAGUUCCAGUCAAAGCAUCUCCAGGAGCUUCUAACUCUACAACCUUCAAUAAGAACUUGACUUCUACUAUGACAGCCAACUCCCUUUUGCAAGCAUUAAAGAGCUAUGCAGCCAAGUCUAACUUGAAGAGAUCCAUAGUUGUAGGUGUUAUUGGAUAUCCUAACGUUGGUAAGUCUUCCAUUAUUAAUGCAUUAACUAACAGGCAUGGCAACAACUCCAAGGCAUGUCCAGUUGGUAACCAGGCAGGUGUUACUACCUCUAUGAGACAAGUCAAGAUCGACAACAAGUUGAAGAUCUUGGACUCCCCCGGUAUAGUUUUCCCUGACGAAGUAGCUAACUCCAAGAAGUUGUCCAAGAGUCAGCAAGAAGCUAAAUUAGCAUUGCUAUCUGCCAUUCCACCAAAGCAAAUAAUAGACCCAGUUCCAGCCAUUCAGAUGCUUCUUAAGAAGCUUUCCAAAGACAAUGAAAUGGCUGAAGGCUUAAAAAAUUAUUACCAGUUGCCCGCUUUACCCUCUGCGGAUUUGAAUGAGUUCACGAAGCAAUUUUUGAUUCACGUGGCUAGAUCCAGAGGAAGAUUAGGCAAGGGUGGUAUUCCUAACUUGGAGUCCGCUGGUAUGGCUGUUCUUAACGAUUGGAGAGAUGGUAGAAUCAUUGGUUGGACCUUGCCAAAGGCUUCGAAGAGUGCCAGUGAAGCUGCUGAUGCUGCUAAUAUUGACGGCCCAAAGAGUUCAUUGAGAGGAGAAAAAGAACCUCCCAAGGUUGAACAGACCACUGUUGUUACCGCAUGGGCCAAGGAAUUCGACCUUGAUGGUUUGUUGGGUGACAAUUUCGGUUUACAAAACUAA